GCUCCUGCACACACACACACAGUUUAGCACUCGGAUAGACCACUACUAGUCUAAAAGUUAUGUGACUUGUCAUGGACAGACCCCGUAAUCAUGUCUUGUGUCUGAGGUCUCCAUGGGAAGAUGAAGGGAUACAGCUCUCUACUAAAACCUCUACUUUUUAUUACAUGUGUUGUUCAUUGUUCAGCAGACACACACACUCUGCAGUACCUCUACACUUUCAAUGGGCAUUCCACUGCUGUUGGUCUGGUGGAUGGAGAGCAGGUUGUGUCCUAUGACAGCAGCAUCAGUAAGAUGAUCCCAAAGACGGAGUGGAUGAAGAAGAUUGAAGUUAAUGAUAAUGACAGAGAGACACAGCAUAUGAAGGUUCAGCAGAUCGAGUUCCAAGCCUUUGUGGAUCUAACAAAGAAGAGCUUUAAUCACACUGAAGGAAAUCAUACAGUACAGAGGAUGUUCGGCUGUGAGCGUGAUGAUGAUAACACCACUAGAGGAUACGAUCGGUACAGUUAUGAUGGAGAAGAUUUCAUCAGUCUGAAUCUGACUUCUGGAACCUGGACUGCAGUUAAUGAUAAAGCCAAGAGUGUUAUAAAGGACUGGGAUCCUAAAGGCACAGAGGCUAAACACUGGAAGGACUAUCUGGAGAAGGACUGUAUUUAUCAGUUAAAGUUUGUGUCUAACGGCAACAAGACUCAGCAGAGGAAAGUUGUUCCCGAGGUCUCAGUGUUCCAGAAACACUCUCCUUCUUCAGAGGUGGUGUGUCACGCUACAGGUUUCUUCCCCAAACCACUAAACAUCACCUGGCAGAAGGACGGAGAGGACGUAAAUGAGGACGUGGAGCUCAGAGAGACGUUACCCAACCAGGAUGGAAGCUUCCAGAAGAGAAGCAUUCUGAAAGUCCCAGCUGAGGAGCUGCAGAAACACAACUACACCUGUGUGGUUCAGCACAGCACAGGGGAGAUUCGAAAAGACGUACCAAAAGGUGGAGGAUCGAUUGCUAUCAUCAUUGCUGUAAUCGCGGCUCUCGUCGCUCUCGUCAUCGUUGUUGCUGGAAUUGUGGUCUGGAGGAAGAAGAACUCUGGUGAGACGAGGAAGGAGGCAGAUGGGAAGUUUUUAGAGAACGGCUCAUGUACCAUCUCUAAUUCACACAAGCUUGUGCCACAAACAUCCACUGACUCCUCUGAAGGAGAUUCACCCAAUUCAACAACUCUUAAACUGUGACUGUGUGACUUCCUGCUGAACUGAGAGAGUGAUUGUGAGGGCCUUUGCAGCCCAAAUAAAUGAGGGGAUGUAGAAAACCAAGCUUUCACCCAAAUAA